CUUGAAACCAGCCUCCCAGCCUUUCGCUCUUUCUUCCCCUCCUUCUGCGACGUUUGAUCUCAGUUCAUUGUCGCCUUGUUUCACCCAUCUUGACUGUUCUCUCGAUGAUCCUAUCUCUCCCAAGGGCCAAGGCUUCCCAAAUUUCAGUCAAGCCCGGUGCCCGCUAAUCUUCCGAGGGACAUUGAGGCGAUGCAGACUAGAUCCGCGGCUUGCCCCCAGCUUCCGACCCGCCGACGCACCUUCGCCUGGAACCACCGCUGAACUGUACGGCAAUGGCACAAGAUGUGCGCGACUCACAUUUGCAGCCUCCGGAUGCCGCUCCGCUCUCUGACGAACAGCUGUCGGAGCAACCAUCCGCUACCGAGUGGAUGUCUGCGCAAUCGAACCAUUCUACUGGCGCGCUCCACAGCGACAAUGAUAUCGUUCACCCACAUGAUGCAGUAGACUACUCGGCUGGACACUCGCGUUCGCCAGAGAGUACAGUCGUGGGCGAAUUCGACAACAUCCCGGCAAUGGGGAAGAAACCUCGGACUUUACCAGCAUGGAUCCGUUCAGUCGAGUAUACGGAGGACGAUGUAGAUGCAGCUGUCACAGAUAGGCUGCUUCCAUCACAGCCCGGAGAAGCCGUUGUCGCCCAGCACAAUCAUUCACCUUAUGCAGCAUCAAGACCUACCCUUUCGAGUGGACAGGGUGAAAGUAGCAGGGGUAUCAUCGGACGAGAGCGCGAGUCGCGCUGGAAGAACUUUUCUAGGGACAUCGCAUACCCUCGGGAACAAGGUGUUGAGGAGAAAUCCGUCACGCCGGACUGGUUGAAUGAGAAUCUCGGUGAUUAUUCUGAACCUUGGCGAGGCCAGGGCGAACCGGAUGAAGAUACCGAAGAUCCCUUGAGGAUGAGACGACGACGAGAAAUUUGGUUCAAGCGCUUCCACAGCACGCUUCUCAAGAGCCCUAUGGUCCCCUUGAUCUUUCGACUUAUGGUGUGGUGCUUUUCCCUCACUGCAUUGGCUCUUGGAGGCUCUAUCCAGCAUCUCUCGGGGAAGUACCAGCAUCCCCAAGGCCCCUCUGCACUAAUGGCGAUUAUUGUCGAUGCGGUUGCCUUGGUUUACCUCGUUUACAUUACGUUUGAUGAAUACACAUCCAAGCCGCUGGGUCUUCGCUCUCCCUCCGCCAAGGCACGACUCAUUCUUCUGGACAUCUUUUUCAUUGUGUUCGAUUCAGCCAAUCUCAGUUUGGCGUUUGAAUCACUCUCGACCGUGAGGGGCGCGUGCACAAUGGCUGAAGUCAACCAAGAAGUUGCACCCAAAAACGAUGCAAUAUGCGACCGGCAGAUCGCCUUGGCUUGUGUGCUGCUGAUUGCGCUGCUAGCCUGGCUCACAACCUUUUCUAUCAGUGUCCUCAGACUUGUCGAACGAGUUGCUUCAUAAAGUGCAGCUCUACAGUAUACCCAUACCCCC